UGUGCUUACUUCACGUCUUUUACUCUAAUUUCCAUCAUCAUCUUCUACAAGAGAUAAACAAAACAGAGUACCCAAUUUCCCAACAAUGCUGUUCACUUCUCUGCAAUCCCCAUCCCCACUCUUCCAAACUCGAAACCCUAACCUCCUAUUUCAUAUUCUUCCUCCAAAAACACUCUUCAAAUGCUUCUGUUCUUCUUCCACCACCGACUCACUUCCUUCUCUCCCCCCUGAGAAAUGGGUACCUUAUCUCAAGAAAAAGGUUGUUAUGAGAGUUGGAUACAUUGGAACCGAUUUUAGAGGUCUUCAAAUUCAACGGAAUGACCACAAGUUAUCCACUAUUGAGAAAGAACUUGAAACUGCUAUUUUCAAGGUCGGUGGCAUCCGUGACAGUAAUUAUGGUGAUCUGGAUAAGAUUAAUUGGGGCCGAAGUAGCAGAACUGAUAAAGGAGUCCAUUCUCUGUCAACAAUGAUAUCUUUUAAGAUGGAAAUCCCUGAGAAUGCAUGGAAAGGAGAUGAUUAUGGCAUUGAAAUGGCAAACCACAUUAAUUCUUAUCUUCCUAAUAGUAUCAGAGUUUUUAGUGUAUUGCCUUCAACAAAAAGAUUCGAUCCUAGGAAAGAGUGCAGUAUGCGGAAAUACUCUUACCUCCUCCCUGCUGAUAUAAUAGGAGUCCAGAGUCAUUUUAGUGAGGAUGAAACAGACUUUCACAUUUCUGAGUUCAACAGUAUACUUGGUGCUUUUGAGGGAGAUCAUCCUUUCCAUAAUUAUACUGUUCGGUCUGUAUACAGGAAAAAACACCAUGCAAGGAAAUCACCAGGAAAUGGCGGCAUGUCAAACAUGACAGGAUCAUCUAGUUUGGUAUCAGCUUGUGAUUCAGAGAAUGAGGAAAGUGAUACUGAUGAUUCUAUGAGUGGUAAUGGGGAACAGAGCCACAAGUCUCAAGAGUGUAGUGAAUCCAAUAGUUUGAAAGCAAGAUGGUUGCACGAACCGGAUGCGGCAGAUAGAUUAAAUGCUUCUCAUUUCAGAAAGAUUUUACGUUGUUCUUGUGGAAAGUUGGAGACACUACUUGGAUAUAAUUAUAUCGAGAUCGAUGUAUGGGGGGAUUCCUUCAUGUUACAUCAAAUACGCAAGAUGGUCGGUACUGCUGUGGCUGUAAAGCGCAACUCAAUUCCAAAGGACAUCUUUUUAUUGUCACUCAUUAAGUUUUCCCGAAUCGUCCUCCCAAUUGCCCCUCCAGAAGUUUUGAUUUUGAGAGGAAAUGCUUUCAGGAUGUGGUCAAGUGGUGGAAGCUACACAAGGCCUGAAAUGGUGUCCAUGGUUGAAUCAGAACAAAUUCUUAAAUCUGUCGAUGAGUUCUACACAUCUGUUAUGUUGCCUGAAUUGUCAAAGUUUCUAGACUCGUCAAAGUCUCCUUGGGCGGACUGGGUUGAGAAACUGGAUAAGUAUUCAAGCAUUCCAAAUGAUCAACUGGAGGAAGUUAGAGAGGCUUGGAGGACAUGGAAGGAAAAUUUCCGGGCAAAACCAGCAUCAGAGGCAUAGUACAUGUAUUCUGUUGUGAAGGUACUGAUCAUGUUCAACUGAUUUUUCGAAUUAUUUUUGAAUUACUUUCUUGUACAUGAUUUUUCUAACAAUCACACAUAAUGAAGGGUUCACAUGAGUUUUAUUAUUAUUUUUAGAAA